UCACGUGUCAUUUGUCUGCUUCUGAGUUUGCAAUAAGAACACUGGCCGUCUCCGAAGUACCACCCAAUCAACCACCGUACCACCUCCGUUCACGGCGACAAUGAGUCAGGAACAACCACAGCGACCACAAUCUCAAGAAGAGCCACAAGAGCCCAUCAAGUACGGCGACGUCUUCAACAUCUCCGGCGAGUUGGCCAAAAAACCCAUCACUCCACAAGAUGCAGCCGACAUGCAAGCCGCCGAGAACUUGGUUCUUGGGGAGACUCAGAAAGGCGGUCCAGCUGCCGUCAUGCAGUCGUCCGCCGCCGUCAACAACAACCGUGACCUUGUUGGCCUCUACGAUUUUAGUGACCCGGGCAUCGCCAUCUCCGACACCGAAUACGCCGGGCACCGAAUCGUGACCGAGUCCGUCGGUGGAGAGGUUCUGGGACAGUAUGUCCGAACGAAUUUGGCUUCUUCUCUGGCUCCGGCGAACUUAGGCGAUGACGCAAUUACAGUAGGAGAAGCGUUGGAGGCAAGUGCGUUGUCAGCAGGUGGAAAACCGGUGGACGAGGGUGAUGCAGCGGCGAUACAGGCAGCUGAAGUCAGAGCAACCGGACGUAUGCAGGCGGUUCCGGGAGGUGUAGCUGCGAAAGCUCAGGCAGCCGCCGCCCAGAAUGUUAGAACCAUGCGAGAGGAGGACAAAGCUAAGCUUAAAGAUGUCGUGGCGGAUGCGACAUCACUGCUGCCGAAAGACAAGCCGGCAACAAGGGUGGAUGCCGAAGGGGUGAUAGCGGCGGAGAUACGUAACAAACCGGAUUUGGCGACUUAUCCUGGUGGUGUAGCUUCGGCGGUAGAUGCGGCGGCAAAGAUCAACCAACAGAAAUGAAGUGGGGAUGUAGAUAUGGCGCUGAGAUAUAAACAGAAAGACGUAUGACUGAAAUGAGGAUGUGUUUAGAUGUAGAAAUGGUAAAGGUAUAAAUAGAAAGUGUUUUGUGAUUGUGAUAGUUAUUAUAUAAAUUAAAGAGAUGUUUUCUUUUUCA